UUCAACAUGAACGAACCGAUUUCGUGAAAAUGUGCCUCGGAUAUUGCUGGCUGACUGUCUGCCUGUGCCUGCUACUGCAACAGGAUCUUCACCAGGAUCUGGCCCAGGCCGCCAACAUCCUGGGCAUAUUUCCCUAUCGCCACAUUUCGCCGUUCUUUGUGAUGCAGCCUUUGGCUCGGACAUUGGCCAAGAGAGGGCACAAUGUGACUCUAAUCACACCGUAUGGCAUGCCAAACGAUAUCGAGGGAGUUCGCCAUAUACGCGUUGCUCAGCUAAACGAACGUAUAAAAGAAAUGCUCGAGUCUGAUCAAGUGCUGGACUUCAUGAUUAACAAGUGGACGGAGAGCACACUUACGGCAAAGGCGCUUUUUAAUGCCUCCUAUGAUAUUCUUAGUGAUCCUGGCGUUCAAAAGAUGUUGCAUGACAGGAACGAGGGUUUCGACCUGAUCAUCAUGGAACCAACUAAUCUAGACGCCCUUUAUGGCCUCGUUGAGUACUACAAUGCCACCCUGAUAGGAUUAUCCAGUAUACGGAUUAACUGGCACACCGACGAAUUGGCAGGUAAUCCAGCGCCAUCAAUAUACGAGCCAAUAUCGCCGGUUGGCUAUUCGCUGGAAACAUCAUUGCUCAGUCGAAUUUACAAUUGGAUUCAUAUCAUGGAAGAGAAAUUGGUGGACUAUUUGAUCUUGCGACCAGCUCAGCUACAUCUAUUUCAGAAAUUCUUUGGCUAUUCCGCGCAAAAGAUGAACGAGUUAAGAUCCAGAUUCUCGUUGAUGCUGAUCAAUAGCCACUACAGCAUGGGCAAAGUUAGAGCCAAUGUACCAAACAUUAUCGAGGUGGGUGGAAUUCAUCUCAGCGAGCCAACUGAACCAUGUGAUGAGGAGCUGCAGAAGUUUCUGGACGAGGCGGAGCAUGGAGUCAUUUACUUCUCGUUGGGCAACGACAUUCUGAUUAAGUUUCUUCCUGUAAACAUUCAAGAGUUUCUACUGCAGACGUUUGCUAAGCUAAAGCAAAGUGUGAUUUGGAAGAGCGAACUGUUGUAUAUGCCCAAUAAGUCGGACAAUGUAUAUGUUAUUGAACAGGCCCCCCAGCGCCAGAUUUUGUACCAUCCCAAUGUGCGACUAUUCAUCACAAACGGUGGAUUGCUGAGUGUGAUGGAGGCGGUGGACAGUGGAGUUCCAAUGCUAGGACUACCCAUGUUUUUUGACCAAUUCGGUAAUAUGCGGUGGGCACAGUUAACCGGAAUGGCCGAAGUCAUUGAUAUCAACACUCUGAUCGAAGAUAUUCUAACCGACACCAUAAAACACAUGCUCGGAAACCCGAGUUAUUCUGUGAAAGCGAAGGAAAUGUCGCAGUUCUUCAAGGACCGACCCAUGAGUCCUUUGGAUACGGCUGUUUGGUGGACGGAGUACGCCCUACGCAACCGAAACAUUACUCGAAUGCGCCUUAACUUGGAGGAGAUUCCAUUGUUUGAAUACUAUAGAAUAGAGAGUAUUUUAGCAUUUAGUGUGCGCUUUGGAUUAGUCGCUGUAUCGCUGAUCUUUUUGGUCUACACUUUGUUACUGAAAAAUCAUGUCAGACCUAGACGAUUGCAUGUGGUGAGGCCGUGGAUCGAGGCACUUUUGGAACGAGGCCACAAUGUCACUCUAAUCACUCCCGAUGAAAUGCUUCCCGAUAUCGAGGGAGUUCGACAUAUUCGUGUUAACAACCUGAGAAAACACGCUCGAGAAUUUGCUGGGACUCAUGAAUUCCUGGACUUCUUGAGCAACAAAUGGAAGGAGGCCAAUUUGGCUGCUACAAUAUAUUUCAAUAUAACCCAUGAUAUUCUGAGUGACGAAGGCGUUCAGAAAAUGUUGAGCGACAAAAGUGAGAGGUUUGAUUUAAUCCUAAUGGAUGCAAGCAACCUGGAUGCACUGUACGGCCUGGUGGAGUACUAUAAUGCCACUCUAAUUGGUUUAACAAGUACGAGCAUUAACUGGUUAAUCGAAGAACUGGCCGGAAAUCCAGCGCCAAGUCUCAAUGAACCGAUUUCCCAAAUAGGCUACUCCAGAGAUUACUCGAUCAUGAGCAGAAUUAAGAACUGGAUUCACAUCAACGAGGAGAAGUUGAUGGAGUCUCUUAUAAUAUUACCAGCUCAACUGCGAGUCUUCAAGAAGUUCUUCGGGUACACGACUGAGAAGUUCUAUGAAUUGCGUGGCAGGUAUUCGCUGAUACUGGUCAACAAUCAUUUCAGCUUGGGCAAAGUGCGAUCCAAUGUGCCCAAUCUCAUCGAGGUGGCUGGAAUUCAUCUAAGCCAACGGCCAGAACCGUGCGAUGAGAGCCUGCAGAAGUUCAUGGACGAAGCGGAGAACGGUGUCAUCUAUUUCUCGUUGGGCCAGGACAUAAUGGUGAGGUUUCUUCCAGAUUCCCUCCAACAAACCCUGAAUAUGGCCUUUGCAAAGCUAAAGCAGCGCGUUGUUUGGAAGAACGAGCUCUUCAAAAUGCCAAACACAUCAGAGAACAUAUACGCUCUGGACAAAGUCCCCCAACGUCAGAUUCUAGCCCAUUCGAAUGUGCGUCUCUUUAUCACAAAUGGAGGACUUCUGAGUGUAAUUGAGGCGGUGGACAGUGGAGUUCCAAUACUCGGACUACCGGUGUUCUUUGACCAAUUUGGCAAUUUGCGUAGAGCGCAGUUGGCAGGCAUGGCCGAGGUCCUGGACAUAAACAAUCUGGAUGACCGACCCAUGAGUCCCUUGGAUACCGCUGUCUGGUGGACGGAGUACGCUCUACGCAAUCGGGAUAUAUCCCACAUUCGCCUCGAUGUCGAGGAGAUUCCACUGAUACAUUACUACAGAAUAGACAGCAUCCUCACUAUCGCCCUUCGAUAUAUUGUGAGAAUGCGCCUCGAGUUUUCUUGGCUGGCUGUCGUGCUCGGUCUGUUCCUGCAACAGGAUGUGUACCAGGACUCGGUGCAGGCUGCCAACAUCCUCGGCAUAUUUUCCUACCACUUCAGCUCACAUAGUUUGGUGCUGCGUCCAAUGGCAAGGGCUCUAGUGAAACGGGGACACAAUGUCACGUUGAUCACACCAGUUGGAAUGCCGGCCGAUAUCGAGGGAGUUCGACAUAUACGCGUUCCCAAGCUAAAUCAACGCGUCCAGGAAAUGAUCGAAUAUGACCAAAUGAUGGACUUCUUUGGCAGCAAAUGGAUAGCAGGCUGGUUGGCAGUGACAAUGCUCUACAAUAUGUCCUCAGAUAUUCUGAGUGCCGAAGGUGUCCAGCGGAUGUUAAAGGACAGGAAUGAACACUUUGACUUGGUUAUGAUGGAACCGUCUGCCCUGGAAGCGCUUUAUGGGAUAGUGGAGUACUAUAAUGCCACCUUGAUGGGCUUUUGCGGUGGUAAUGUCAAUUGGAGCACCGAGGAAGUCGCUGGAAAUGUUGCGCCAAGCAUCAAUGACCCCAUCUCCUCUUUAGGAUAUUCCCGAGGCAGUUCGCUGCUGAGCAAAAUCUACAACUGGGUGCAUAUCACAGAGGAAAAAUUGCUAACACACCUGAUUGUCCGACCAUCGCAACUGAGCAUCUUUAAGAAGUUUUUUGGCUAUUCGGAGCAGAAGUUUUACCAAAUGCGGGACAAGUAUUCCGUGAUCUUGGUCAACAACCACUUCAGUAUGGGCAGGGUGCGAUCUAAUGUACCGAACAUCAUAGAAGUCGGAGGACUGCAUCUCAGCGAGCCACCAAAGCCUUGCGAUGCGAAACUGCAGAGAUUUAUGGACGAGGCGGAGCACGGUGUUAUCUAUUUCUCGAUGGGACAGGAGAUAAUGGUGCAGUUUUUGCCCGAGAACAUGCAGCAAAACCUAAUGAAGACUUUAGUCCAAUUCAAGCAGAGGGUCGUUUGGAAAACCGAGCUCUAUAAUAUGCCAAAUAAAUCGGACAACAUAUAUGUGAUUGAACAGCCUCCACAGCGUGCGGUUCUGGCCCAUCCCAAUACUCGGCUUUUCAUCACAAACGGCGGACUGCUAAGUGUAAUGGAGGCUGUUUAUAGUGGAGUGCCCAUCUUGGGAUUACCAGUGUUCUUCGACCAGUUUAUUAAUCUGCGGAAUGUUGAUCUGCGUGGCAUGGCCGAGGUUCUGGACGUCAAUGAGUUGAGCGUAGAUAUACUGACCUCAACCGUUCGGGAGCUGCUGGAAAACCCUAAAUAUUCUCUGAAUGCCAAGAAAAUGUCGCAAUCCUUCAGGGACCGACCCAUGAGUCCUUUGGACACUGCAGUUUGGUGGACGGAAUACGCACUGCGAAAUGGCGAUGCCUCACAUAUGCGUCUUAAGACGGAGGAUGUUCCUCUCUACUACCAAUGGGAUUGGUUGCUCCUAAUAAUUCUACGGUUUGGUGUUGUUUUCGGAUCUGUGAUCUAUUUGCUGUACAAGUUGUUCCAAAGAAGUCGUGCAAGCCGAAGGCCAAUCCAAGAUAGAGGAACUGCUUUUCAGCAGCUUAGCUUGCUUAAUCCAAGAUGACAAACACAAUAAUGUUACUUACUACAAGUAUUGUUUUCUGUUACUGCUGUUAACUAUGUUAGCUAGCUACCUGUUAAUAAAUAUAAGUUGAUCUUAAAAGUGUGCUUGAAAAAUCGUUUGUCACAGUCGACUUUAUAGCAUAAGUUCAGUUGGCACAUAAAAACUACGUGCACUACAUUUAAUUAUAUCCAAACAUUGCAAUGCUAUUCUUACAUUAAUUCAUUAAAGUUGUUUUAAA